AUAAGCACUUCCUACCGGAAGUACAGCCCCUUUUUUCGUUCCUGUCUUAGCUUGUCCGCGUUCAGUCCGCUGACACGGCAUCAUGCCUCGCAAGAUUGAAGAAAUCAAAGAUUUCCUGCUGACGGCCAGGAGGAAGGAUGCCAAGUCCGUAAAGAUCAAGAAGAACAAGGACAACGUGAAGUUCAAGGUGCGCUGCAGCAGGUACCUGUACACCCUGGUCAUCACUGACAAGGAGAAGGCAGAGAAGCUCAAGCAGUCACUUCCUCCAGGUCUGGCUGUCAAGGAGCUGAAGUAAACUUGUGAUGUAAAGAGAAUUGUAAUAAAAAUUGGAAAAGCAA